CCACCCGAGCCGGGGAGAGGCCCAGAUCCAGAACCAUGGCUCAUGAGCAAACUCCCCUGCGCCCGGACGAACUCGAAUUCGGGGGGCCCCUGGGGACUGUGGCUAUGCUGCUGCUACUCCCUGUCACCCUCUUCUACCUGCUCCUCACCUGCCACUCGGGCCCCUGCAGCCUGCUCAGCCUGCCCUCCGAGCUGCCCCCAACGUCUGCUUUCUGGAAUCCAUGGGCUCUGAUGCUGCUGCUGCUCUGGCUGGGGCUGCAGGCCACACUGUACCUGCUGCCCAUAGGCAAGGUAUCUAAAGGCAUGAUGCUGAAGGACAAGAGCCACCUGCAAUAUCCAAUUAAUGGGUUCCAGUGCCUGGGGCUGACAACUCUGCUGGUGGGGCUGGGGCUGGCAGGGGGUCUGCCCUUGGGAAGCCUCUCGGAGCUGCUCCUGCCGCUGGCUUCUGCAGCCACAGCUCUAGCCUUCGUCCUCAGCUUCCUCCUCUAUGUCAAGUCCUUCACGGUGCCCCCCUCUGCCCUUGCCCCUGGGGGGAAUUCAGGUAACAUCAUCUAUGACUUCUUCCUUGGCCGAGAACUCAACCCCCGAUUUGGAUCCUUUGACCUCAAGUAUUUCUGUGAGCUUCGUCCAGGGAUGAUUGGUUGGGCCCUGAUUAACCUGGCCCUGCUGUUGCGUGAGGCUGAGCGCCAGGGGGGUUGGCCGUCCUUGGCCAUGGGGCUGGUCAAUGCCUUCCAGCUUCUCUACGUGGUAGACGCACUCUGGAAUGAGGAGGCAAUUCUCACCACCAUGGACAUCAUCCAUGACGGCUUUGGCUUCAUGCUGGCUUUUGGGGACCUGGCCUGGGUCCCCUUCAUCUACAGUCUUCAAGCCCAGUUCCUUCUGAAUCAUCCCCAGUCUUUGGAGUUGCCUGUGGCUGGGGCCAUCUGUCUGCUAUUUGCCAUUGGCUACUUUAUCUUCCGUGGGGCCAACACACAGAAAAAUACCUUUCGGAGGAACCCUUCUGACCCCAGUGUGGCUGGGCUGGAGACCAUCCCCACAGCUACUGGGCGGCGCCUGCUAGUGUCAGGGUGGUGGGGUAUGGUGCGGCACCCCAACUACCUCGGAGACCUCAUCAUGGCUCUGGCCUGGUCUCUGCCCUGCGGGGUGACACACCUGCUUCCCUACUUCUAUGUUUUCUACUUUACCAUCUUGCUGGUGCACCGAGAGGACCGGGAUGAGCGCCAGUGUCUCCAGAAGUACGGCCUGGCCUGGCGGGAAUACUGUGCUCGGGUGCCCUACCGUAUAGUGCCCUAUGUCUACUGACGAAGGAACAAGGCUGGGGCACCCACCCUCUGCUCUCCUUCCUAGACAGCAUGGCCAGUUUUUAAAAGACUGGGUUUCGAUCCUCCCAAGAAAUGCCCACCCACCCACUGCCCCCAGCGUCUCGGGCCAACUCCAAGCCUGGGGAUGCCUCUGGCCCUGGGGGCCCCCUUUGGGGCUGGACAGCCUCGGGAAUCACUGUGGUUCCUCCCAGGGGAGGGGGACCCUCAGAAUAGAACUCUGCC